ACAGCGCAUUGUUCAGAUUCAUUGCAAAGAAAAGACGCACGUACCUCAGUACUUAAAACAACAACACAAACGAGUUCUUCUCAAAUGCUAUAACCAUUCUCUAGCAUGGCGAACUCUGGUUUCUUGCAAGUCGUGUUUGGAUUGCUGUGGGUUACUCUCUUCUUGAAAGCUUUUUCAGAUGCCACUGCUAGUCCAAAAUUCACAACUAAGCCUAACAACCCAUUAGUAGGAUUUCAGGGAGAAGCAGUGAACUUUACAUGGGAGUUCUCAAAUCACUCAAUCAGUAAAGUAUACUUUGGGGUAUACAAGAGGGAUUGGGGCACAUUGGGAAAUACCUUAAUAUGGAUAGCAAGCCAUAAGAAUGGGUCUGUCGAUGUGACAGUUGCAAAAAACGAACCCGACGUAAAGCCCUACAUUGGUAGGAUGCGGUGGGUUGGUGACUUGUCACAAAACAAGGCUGCUUUUGAGUUAUCGCCACUUUUAUCUACUGAUAAGAAAUUCUACGGAAUUGAGGUCGAAUUUGGACCCACAACACUUAGUGGAUUUACCGAGCUCGAUGUGAAGAUGCUUUCAAACUUUACUCUGGGUGCUGGGACGUUGUCUGUCCAACGUGGGCAGAGGGCAACAUUUGCCUGGCGUUAUGAUUUGAACAAAGAUGAUAUACAGACUCUGUCUUCCAUUACAUUUGGUGUAUACAAAAACGGGGAAUACAAAGCUCUUUGUUUGAUUAAGGUAAAGGGUAAAUACGUCGAAAGUACCAACUGCUCAACAGGAAUACGAAACCCAGAUGCACACCAUACAGUAUUAGAAAGCACAAAACAAGCUACAUUUGUACUAAGUGCAAUCAAUCUUGACGAUGAAGCUGUAUACUCCAUUCGACUUGGUGGGACGCUAAGAAAUAUGGAAAACAAAAUACUCCUUAUUGUCACAGAUCCACCGAAGAUUACCCAGCCACCAAAGAGCACAACAAUCAUCGAAGGCAAGACCUUAAAUUUGACAUGCGCUGCAAAUGGGAAGCCACGUCCUGUGAUAACAUGGCUGAAAGAUAGCCAGGUUGUACAGGAAAAUUAUACUGAGCAAUACGUGAUCCGUAGCACAGAAAGAAAAGAUGAUGGAAAAUACUACUGCGUUGCUGAAAAUGAAGUUGGGAAAGUUACCUCUGGUAUUGCUACAGUCGACGUACAAUACGCACCAAUCAUUAACAUUUCAAGUCAUCUCCAAAUCGUCCGUGUUCCCAUUGGAAGAGGAGUGUUGCUUAGAUGUCCUGUGAGUGCUAACCCCGAAGCAAAGAUCGAAUGGCUGGCGAACGGGAUUCUUGAGAAACGCGACACUGACGAACUAUAUAUUUUCAUUUCAAAUUCAUUUGAUUAUGCAAAUUAUACAUGUAAAGCUUCGAAUUCGAUUGGAAAGGACUAUGUAACAUUCGUACUGCAGCAAGUUGGGCCACCAUCUGUUCCACGAGUUGACUGCGAAAAGCGUGAAGAUUCAAGAGUAAGCCGAGUUGCUAUCUUCCAUUGGCUUGAACCAAAGGAUGACGGAGGAGCCCCUGUCCUUGUCUACACAGUCAAACACCGUAUUUUGAAGAAUAACUUUAUGAGAGGAGCUUGGAGCAAUGAGAAUGUCACUAAUACAAGAACAUGGUAUAAGUUCAAUCUUCAGUGGCAAACGACGUUUGAGUUUAGUGUCACGGCUUGGAAUAUAUAUGGUGAAAGUAAACUAGAUCCGGAUAAUUCUUGUAUCGUUACUAUUGGAAAAGAACCAAAAACAGAAGAAGAAGGCAGUACAUUGAAUCCACAAGCAACAAAACAAGUCGUAGCAGCUGCAGCCAGGAAAGGUGAUACAGGCAGCUCAUCGAGUGCUAGCGUGUUGGUAUAUGUCGGUCCAAUUAUUGCCCUAGUGGUGAUUGUGGCUGUCGUGGCUGUACUAAUCCAUCGAAGAAGAAGGAAACGAGGCAAACGAGGCAAACGAGAAUGGAAUGAUCCACGACAUUUUAGCUUUGGAGAAGCAUUGUCGUUGGAAGGCAAUGUCUGGGGAGAAGCUUCAGCUAAUGAUAAUUUACUAGGUUCUCGAUCCAGGACACAGUCUAUGGUAGGAAGUCCUUGUUAUCAGAUGGACCCUGACUGGACCAUUCCAAGAGAAAAGAUUUGCAUUCUCAAGGUUAUUGGUAACGGAGCGUUUGGUCUUGUAUAUAAGGGACGUGUCCAUGGUAAAGGACCAAACAGUGUAGGAUGGAACUUGGUGGCUAUCAAAAGCCCUUACGCUGAUGCAACAGACGCCGAAAUAAGAGACUUGAUGAAAGAGUUCGAGCUUCUGAAGACACUGAAGCCACACCCACACGUGAUAAGGCUAUUGGGAUGCGGAGAAGACGAAGGUCGCCCAUUGGUAGUUAUUGAGUACGUACCGUUUGGUGAUCUCUUGGGAUAUCUGAGAAAGAGCAGAGGAGAGAAUGAUGACUACUAUUCUGAUCCAGAAAUCAAGCCCAACACCAAUCUGUCAUCUCAACAGCUCCUUCGUUUUGGUUGGCAUGUUGCUGAUGGCAUGGCUUACCUUGCUUCAGAAAAGAUUAUCCAUCGUGAUCUUGCUGCUCGUAACGUUCUUGUUGGCGAGGGUCUGUCUUGUAAAGUUACCGAUUUUGGUAUGGCGAAGGACGUCAGCAAUGACGACAUCUAUGUGCGAACGACUGAGGGUCGUUUACCAGUAAAGUGGACUGCUAUUGAAGCUCUUACAGGAAGUGGCGAGUACACGACAAAGAGUGAUGUGUGGAGCUUUGGUGUUGUCCUGUACGAAAUCUGCACUAUCGGUGCUGAGCCAUAUGCUGGUUUGAAUGGAAAAGAGAUCCCACAGCGUCUGGAUGACGGGUAUCGCAUGCCACGCCCUGGUCACGUUGAUCCAGAAUUAUAUGACGUAAUGACGAGUUGCUGGGAGUCAAACCCUGAUGACAGACCAACGUUCCCAGAGUUGAAAGAAACACUUAUAAAGUUAGAAGAAGUCCAAACAAGGGAUUACAUAAAUCUCUCUGAAUGCCUGUAUCAGAAUGUAAAGGCAAAUGGUCAAGUAAGGCUGCCAAAGCGAAAAUCCUUCUUGGGAUCGAUAGGGAAGGCAUCUGGAUCAAGCAAGGAAGCAGCCAAAGGCAAUGCUUAUCAUAUGGGGCCUGAGAUCUCUGCCAGCAAUGUUGGAACUGCAGUUUAAUGGGUGGAAUUUUAAUUUGGAAUUUUAAAAGCAAAUAUUUCCUGUGAUAUUUUUUCAUAAAUAACCAGGGCACAUACUUGAAGCCCUUUACCACUUUUUAUAUUUGAAAAUCAAAACCUUUUUUUAUCACAUAAAUUGUAGUUUCUCGCGCGCUGAUUGGCUAUUUUUGAUUUUCGAUAAGAGAACAGACCAAUAUGAGCUGACGACAACGAGCGCGCGCUUGUCGAAAAAGUGCGUGUUAUUGAUUUAUUAUUAUUUUUUUUUUGGUAAAAAACAAACCGAGGUUUCUUUUCUAUGUUCUGUACUCUUUUCAAACAUGGAAUGACGUCAGUAUACUUGAUUUACACUUUGCAGUGAAACUUGAGUUUGGACCAUAUGCUGACGCCAUUUCAUGUUCCAUAACUGUACAGACAAUAGAAAAGCGACCUCGAUUUGCCAAGUAGUUGACCAAA